AUGCUAAAGAACGAACGAGUCACAAUUGAUUACCUAAAUAAUCAGCUUGAUCUUGAAAGGGAGAAGUUACAGCAAUGAGAGGAGAACUUGGCCAUACACAAGGAGAUUCUUCAAUCAGUGAUCACCUGUGGUAAAACCUCUUCAGGACCUAGCCAGGCCACUGGAGAUUCCCACUUGUGUAAAGAAUGCUUCUACAUUAGCAAGCAUUACAAUAUGAGCAACUGAGUGUCUCAUCUCAGAGGGCUACUUGCCCUUAAAGAUGAGAGAAUAGAGGCUUUGUUAGCUCAAAUUUUAAUCCUCAAGAAACAGAUAAACAUCUCCGAAACCAAUAGUAUUGAGAAAGAGAAGGAGCUCACAGAGAAAGCAGAAGAUAUCAAAGUCAAGUUAGAAAGAACCGAGCAUAUCUUCCAAAACAAGGAGAAAUAAAUGGGCAGAAUUAGAGAGGAUCUUGGUUGUCUAUGCCAGAAAUGAUCAGCAUCUCAGGCACAAGCUUGGUGAAAUCAAAUACAUCUGUGAUGACCCCUCCAGCAACAGAAGGAUCACCACAGUUGUUGAGGAGAACGAAAGAUUAAAAACCGAGAUGAAUGAUAUCAGGUCUGAAAUGGAGGAGCUUAAGAGCCAAGUCGACUGAGCUAAAUCAAACCCAACCUUCUUCGAUGAUGGAGAUGAUUACUUCAAGAUUGGAGACCAGCCAUUUCAUGAUGAUGAAGUUCCGAUGAAUAAUAAAAGUUUGGCAAAAAAAUCUUACAAAUAAUAACCAGAGUGCUAUGUCUGAUAUGAGGGGCUCUGAUCAUAACGUCAAUCAAGGAUUUAUGCAGCGCAGUAGAUGAGAGAGCAACAACCAGCUAGACGAUAGAAGCCUUCUUGGUAAUCUCAAGCACGAACGAUAUAGCACCUAUGGUGAUUCAAAUGCUCCUCCAAUUCCAAAGUUAUGAGAAAGUUUUGGGCCUGAUCCUAAAAUUUUUGAAGAAGAUGAUAUCCAAUUCUUCAACAUUGACCAAGACUUACUGAUCAGUGGGAGCCACACUGAACCUAAUACUUACUCAUGAGAUACACCUGAAUUAGAAAAAUCAAUUGGAGUGAUAGGUAAUAAAAGAAGUUUAAAAGGCAUCAGUUAUCCGAAAAGUCAAGCUGCUUUAGACCAAGUAGCUAUUUCCCUUGAAAAAGACUUUUGUAAGGAACUUAGAGAAUUUUGGCUUUCAUAAGUUUAGACUUCUGAGUAGCCUCUUAAC